UUGAUGGACGGAGACUCUCUGACCUCUGCGUGAACCUCAGCAACAGGAAAUACGACGCCACAUAUCGUUUAAUUACUGUGGUUAGUUAGUUUGUAGCUAGUCAAAGCCGACUGCUGUGAAAGCUAACAACCAACCAGAGAGUCUACACUUCAGGGUCGCUGAAAUACAGAAGCAUUACGCCGGCAAAUGGUGCACAAGAUGCCUGGUCAACUCGACAGCUUGAAGCCCAGAAAGAGGAAGAUCAGCGCUGAGGUCAAAAGCUCCAGAAAGGCGUCUGCGACAAGGAGGAGAUGUAUGAGAAGUCCCAAGAGGCACUCGGCAGCAGAGAGCAGUUCGGCGGUCGGCGGUCACAGUAAAGCAGACGGUCCCCUGGAGAGACUCUCUCGCAUCAGCUGUGAAUGCCACCAGUCCGCAGGCAGGAGGAGAUGCUCGGCGUCACCAGAGCUCGAAGGACAGGAGGGCAAAGAGAACGAGCUGAGGACGGGGCUGGACAUGGAGGGCCGCAGAGUGAACGGCACCUCGGACAAACAGGAGCCCGAGGACAUGGAGUGUGAAGAAACCGACAAAAACCUCUUCCCAGAUGACGACAGUAAUCAGAUUCUUCCCGUGGAGCAGUUCUUUGGAAACCUGGACACUGUGCAGGACUUUCCGCAGAGGUCGUCGGCGACUUCUGCCCGUGGUCACAGGGAGAACAGGAGACGACAUUACUACGCACGAGAGGACAGCGAUGAAGAGGAGGCGGGCCUCAGCAGUAUGCAGCACGACGGCAGAGGGGACGCUUAAUGAGGAGUGACUGAACUAAUAACCGUGGUGGACUCGAAGUUGGACUCAGCACUUAGGAAAAACGCAUUUAAUCAAGUUUAAUCAGUCAUAACGAAUAUACCACGUGUGGCGAUGCUCAUCAGUCACCGCCAUGUGAGCGCGGUCAGCGGGAAGCUGAAUCUGCAGCUGUCAGCCGGCCGUCGCUCACAGACAGGCCAACAUUAUGAGGGUGCAUUUGCCUUAAACCUGCUUUCAGUACCCCGCCGUGUGCUGAAACUAAAAAAAAAAAACCUUAAGCAUCACAGAAGUUGAACACAGGUAUUUAUGACUUUAACUGUUUGAAAGCAAGUUCUUAAUUGCGAACUUGGAAUUUAUUGAUUUUUAACUUGUUGAGGACCGUCCAAACGCACAAAAAUGCCAAAUUGUUUCCAUCCCAUAACAUCUGACCUUAUGCCUAAAUAUUAACCUUCACUUGAUAACUAGCGUAGCUACAUUAUUGGGGUUCGUAUAGCCACCUGUGAUGAAUACAUACAGUUGCGCUUGUUUCGUUAUUUAUUGCUGAAUUUCUGCUCACGCUACCCCUGGUUCAGCCGUGUUUUGUCUUAUCUGGAGGGUGUGUUGGCACAGCACUUUAUUCAGACAAAUCAGUCCACAUAACAUUGUGCUUCUUCAUUUGAGAGCAAGUUUGCAGCUUGAGAUUAGCCACAGUGCUGGCGAACAGUGCUGGAUUAAAAUAACAAAUCUACAAGUGACAAGUUAUAAAAUGUACAAUGUAAAAGUCACAUAAAAGCGGCAUAUUUAUAGAUAUCAUGUGCUGGCUUCAGACUAUAAAUGUGGUGAAGGAGGGUACACACGCCAAAGAGCAGUUUCAUGAUGAGAGCUUUUAAUAUACAUAUUCAGUGUUUAAGGAUGAAAGAGCCAUAGUUCACUAAGGCUGCGUUCACACUGCAAGCCUUAGUGCUCAAUUCAGAUUUUCUGUUCCGAUUGGUUUUCUUCGGCAGCUGUCAUUAUUUUUUUAAAUGUGGCCCAAAUCAAAUUCCAGUGUAAACAGGUCACAGUCCUGGAUUGUCUCCAGUUACAUAGAAGUCACAUAUACCCUGAAAUAAGAUUCCAUGUGAUUUGUGCUGUUCACACUGUCAUGAAAAAAUCUGAUCUGAGUCACAUCAAAGCAAAAAAGGCCACAGUGUGUGAACGCAGCCUAAGUGUCUGAUAUGCUCAGUUAUUUUGGCAGCUGCUUAACAUACAACACAUCUGUAUAAAAAUCAAUGCAGCUAAUCACUUUCCCUGAUCAGGAUUGGUUCAUAUUUACAAACAUGACACCAUGUACAAAAGCUGUAUUAUAAAUAAUAACAUUAAGGUUACUGAUAAACUCUUAAACCUAGUAAUUGCACUAGUGCUGUUCACAUCUUGUAGUAUUUUGUAUAUAUUGAUUGUUCUGACCACACAGUCAAAUGUUUUAUAUAUUUUUACUGCCUUAUUUAUGCAAAAAUGCUUUUUCAUAUUCUCCUAUGCAACUUUGGGACUGAGUGAAUGCCUCAAGCAGUCAUUGUAAUCUAUUCAUGCUUUUUACAUCAUCGUGCCAACACAAAGAACAAAUAAAUGUUUUUCAUGAUUUCAA